AUGGAACAUUCAGAGAUCCUUGUCCACAUCGCAGCGCCGUGCGGGGUGAGCGACGACGCCCACUACCGUGCUCAGGUUGAAGCCAUUCUCAGCUUCCAGAGUUCCUCAUGCCAAAUUCUAACUCUGAUACCGGGCGACAACAAUAAUGGCCAUGAUUAUAUCACCUCUACCGCUGCUAGCGACGGAUUUCCCCGGACCCAGUUGCCACUCAACAACACGCUCCAAGACCCCGUGAUCCCUACUAAUGAUACCUCCAACUUCACGACCAGUAUAAUAUCGAAUAAAGCUAUCGGGCACGAGGAGCAUGAACUGCCCAAUGGCCAAUCACAUGAUUUUCCCCUAAAAGACUACCUCGAUACUCCAGUGAGUGUUAUUCCGGAUUCUCAACCCGGAAGACCAUCUUCGGACACCGGCAACCUGCAGGAUGUCGACCAGCAGCUAUCUACCACUCGAGCUCAGGGCUCCUCAUGCUCUGUGGAUUCAACUCGUGCAAAGCGAGAUCAAACAGAUUUUUCGCCGCUAAGGGGUGGUCGAAAGAAACUGCGUUAUAGCCCGUGCACAAACGACAAAGCUAAUGCCAAUCAGAUCGGUGAUUCCGCUGUCCAGUCCACAGCUCUGUCGAUAUUUGCUAGCACAAGCUUUCCUGUCCCUAUGGAAAUCAGACCUCCACUAUCUCCCAUAUCAAAAAAACAGUUCACAACACAUAUCACUCCAACUCUAGAAAUGCUAGCCGCUCGCCUGAAGGGUCGAAUAUACAGGCCUCUCGAACAAAUCAGAGAGCUAGACAUAUUAGAAAGAGGAUAUUGGUAUAUUCAUAUUAACGUUGUGGAGGCGGGGGCGCAUGAGCCCAUUAUCUCCUGGCAGGAAAGCAACGGGGUUUGCAUGUGGGACAUGUCCAUGUUCCGCCGCUUCUGGUCAUUCUUGUCGGACUUCGUCAAAGAAGGCCGUGCAGGCUGGGGCGUAUGGUGCAUACUGGAAGAUAUGCCGAAUGCCCAACCACCACACAAUACCCAAAAGUCAGCGCUACGCGAAAUGGAUAUCCGUCAGCUGACUCUCAAAACCUAUGCGUGGGGUGAAAUAGCUUCUCAUAUAUAUCUCCUCCUAUUCCUGGCCAGCGAGCGCCGGAUUCGCAAGAUGGGCGCUCAAUGGCGGGAUAGUCGGGAUGAUGUAGUUAUUCAGAUGCCUUGA